AUGAAAGGACCAAGAGUUGCGAUUGCUCACAAGAAACCUGACGCAGAGAUUUUGAGGAAACGCAAGGCAGAGAACAAAACGACAAAGGAGAGAGCGAGCAAGAAGAAGGAUUCUGGUGCUCCCAAGCGUCCUGCCAGUGCUUUCUUUAUCUUCAUGGAGGACUUCAGAAAGUCAUUCAAAGAAAAUCAUCCUGAUAACAAAUCUGUUUCAGUUGUUGGGAAAGCCGGCGGGCAAAAAUGGAAGUCGAUGUCUGAUGCUGACAAAGCUCCAUAUGUUGAGAAAGCCAAAAACAGGAAGGCAGAUUAUGUGAGAGCUUUUGAAGCUCAUGAGGAAAAACUUAAUGGCGGUGGGGCUGAUGAAAAGCCUGAGGACUCUGGAAAAUCCACUUCUGAGGUCCAUGAUGAGGCUGAGCAGGAAUCCAGCUCUUAGAUAGAUCUCAGAGUUGCUUUGGGAUCAGGGUGUGUACAGUGGCAAAGGAAUCAUCAACUGAAUAGCUGUUAUGCUUCUU